AUGAAUAAUGAAUUUGAUCGAUAUAUUAAAAUUGGGACUCUUUUGGGGAUGGAUCCAAAGACAAUUCAUGUAGAACUUGCAACAGCUUUGGGACCCAAUGCUCCAUCAUAUACAACAAGUGCAAGGUGGGCAAAGUGUUUUCGUGAAGGAAGAGAAGAUCUCAAUGAUGAUCCUCCAGUAUCCGAACUUACGGCUGAAAGUAUUGAAUUGGUACGACAAGUUAUCAACAAUGAUCCACACUCAACUUAUGAUGAUAUUAUAGCUGAGAGUUCUCUCUCUUGUGAUACAAUAGAACGAAUUAUCCACAACUGUCUCACGAUGAAAAAAAGUUUCAUCUCGUUGGGUACUCCAUCAACUGAAUGA